AUGAUGCGGUUUUGUGAACGAGUGAAGUUACAAUUCUUGGGAAGAGCAGUGACCUCUGAUGAUCUGGAUGAACUUUUAAAUGUAAUUUCAAGAAGAGACGACGAAGACAAGGAUAAAAGGGGAUUUAAACAAGUUGGAGGCUUCGAAAAUAUCAAACAGAAACUGGUCCAGAUCUACAUGUGGCCUUCGAAAUACGCAGAAGUCUAUCAGGAGAUCGGUGUAAAAGUGGGGAAUGCAGCAAUUCUACAUGGCCCAACUGGAUGUGGGAAAACAUUAUUGGCCAGAGCCUUGGCCGAAGAGACCGGGUUCACUGUAAAUUUUGUAAAGGUCAGUUUACAAUUUUUAAAUUGCUAUAAAUCCUUUAGGGACCCGAAUUACUUUCAAAAUACAUCGGUCAAAGUGAGGAAAAUGUGAGAAAUGUGUUCGAGAAGUAAGUUCAAUUAGAGUUAAUUACGUAAAACCUGCAGAGCUCGGCGUUCCAAACCUUCCUUGAUCGUUUUCGACGAAUUUGAUGCGUUGGUUCCAAAAAGAGGCCACGAUAACACUGGAGUUACAGACAGAGUUGUAAAUCAGUUCUUGACCGAAUUGGAUGGAGUCGACAGUUCAAUGGAGGGUAGGGUGGUAUAAUAAUAAUAACUUAAAAUAAAUUUGUUGUUUAUGUUUUGUCGUUUCAGGAAUAUAUGUGAUGGCCACCACAAACCGAUUAGACCUCAUUGAUGAUGCUUUACUUCGUCCUGGAAGAUUUGAUCAUAAAAUUUAUGUAGAUCAUCCAGAUGAGGUAUGGUGUCACAUUAAUUUAAAUCAUUAUAUGUUUAGUUCUCUCGUUUGGCCAUAUUGGAACAACUAACGAAAGAAAUGGAAGUUGAGAAACCCUCAGACCUCAACCAAUUCGCCUUGAAAACUGCUUCCUGGUCAGCGGCCGAACUGCGCGGCCUAAUUGUAAAUGCAACCUUUGAAGCCUCGAGGGUUGGCUCCGAGAAGAUUCAAACAGAACAUUUGGAGGAAUCAUUCAAACAGACGAUGGAAUCCAAAAAUAAGAAGAGGAAUCAAAAGGAAUUCAAAUUUGGGGAAAGAAUCACGUUGGCAUAA